CUUCCCGGCGAGGUUUUCUAGCGAAAUGCCCAAACUCAAGGCCGCCCGCGGGGCCGAGGGUCAGGAAAAGCAUGCGCCCCUGGCCGACCAAAUCCUGGCUGGGAAUGCGGUGCGGGCGGGGACCCGGGAAAAGCGGCGGGGUCGCGGAACCGGAGAAGAGGAGGAGGAGUACGUGGGGCCUCGGCUGACCCGACGGAUUUUGCAACAAGCGCGGCAGCAGCAAGAGGAGCUCGAGGCUGAGCAUGGGACCGGGGACAGGCCGGCGGCACCUCAAGAUCGCACCACGCGGCUGGGUCCAGGAGCGCCUCAGGAUGGAUCAGAUGACGAGGAGUGGCCCACCCUGGCGAAGGCCGCCACGAUGACAGGGCCAGGCUACCAGGCGGAAGUGGUCAUAGACCCUGAGGAUGAGCGUGCCAUUGAGUUGUUCAUGAACAAGAACCCUCCUGCCAGGCGCACCCUGGCCGACAUCAUCAUGGAGAAGCUGACCGAGAAGAAGACGGAGGUCGAGAGCGUCAUGUCGGAGGUGUCAGGCCUCCCGCUGCCCCGGCUGAACCCCCGGCUCCUGGAGGUCUACCGAGGGGUCAGGGAGGUGUUGUCCAAGUACCGCAGCGGAAAACUACCCACGGCUUUUAAGAUGAUCCCUGCGCUGUCCAACUGGGAGGAGAUCCUCUACGUCACCGAGCCCGAGGCCUGGAGCGCAGCGGCCAUGUACCAAGCCACGAGGAUCUUCGCCUCUAACCUAAAGGAACAUAAAGCCCAGCGCUUCUACAACCUGGUCCUGCUCCCCCGGGUCCGAGAUGACAUCGCCGAGUACAAACGACUCAACUUCCACCUCUACAUGGCACUCAAGAAGGCACUGUUCAAACCUGGAGCCUGGUUCAAAGGGAUCCUGCUCCCGCUGUGCGAGUCGGGCACCUGCACCCUCCGGGAAGCCAUCAUCCUGGGCAGCAUCAUCACUAAGUGCUCCAUCCCGGUGCUGCACUCCAGUGCAGCCAUGCUGAAGAUCGCCGAGAUGGAGUACAGCGGUGCCAACAGCAUCUUCCUGCGGCUGCUGCUGGAUAAGAAGUACGCGCUGCCGUACCGGGUGCUGGACGCCCUGGUCUUCCACUUCCUGCGCUUCCGGACGGAGAAACGUGAACUGCCUGUGCUCUGGCACCAGUGUCUCCUGACCUUGGUCCAGCGCUACAAGGCGGACCUGGCCACAGAACAGAAGGAGGCCCUCCUAGAACUGCUCCGGGUGCAGUCCCAUCCCCAGCUGUCCCCCGAGAUCAGGCGUGAGCUUCAGAGUGCUGUCCCCCGAGAUGUAGAGGACGUCCCCGUCACCAUGGAGUGAGGAAGCAGCACUCGUCCUGGCCUGAGGGCUCUGGGAAGACACCGAGGAGCCCUGCUGGUGACUAAAGGUGACACUAAGCUUUUUACAGCUGAAGACCCAGGUCAUAGGCCUCUGGUGCCUCGGUUCUGACAGGGAGGAUGGGGCCUGGCUGGCUCCCGCUUCCAUUCUAGGCCUGCAUCCCUGCCCAGUUCUGCCGCCUGACCCAGAUGCCACAGCCCAGUGCUCCCGCCUCCCAGCCGAGGCUUGGAGUCGGUGCCUUAUCUUGCGCUGUUGCGUUAGGUCACUGG